AUGAAGCGCAAACUUGACGAAAACAACGAGCCGGCCGCCAAAGAAUCGCAGCCUACAACCAAAGAAAAUGCCGAGAAGAAGGCUUCGUUUUCCGACUUUGGCCUCGACCCUCGACUCGUACAGGCCAUAGCCCAAGAACAGUACAGAGAGCCGACUUUGGUCCAGGCCAAGGCCAUACCACUUGCUUUGGAAGGAAAGGAUGUCCUAGCAAAGGCAAAGACCGGUUCGGGCAAGACUGCUGCAUAUCUCCUCCCAGUCCUUCAAGCGGUCUUGAAGAGGAAGCAGACAAACUCCGAUGCAUUCACCUCCGCGCUAAUCCUUGUACCGACCCGAGAACUUGCUGAUCAAGUCCACAAGGUCAUCGAAUCUCUCGCCGCCUUCUGUGCAAAGGACAUCCAGGCUGUCAAGUUGACCGAUAAAGUCUCCGAGGCUGUCCAGCGCUCCCUCCUCUCCAACUCCCCCGACAUCGUCGUUUCUACCCCUGCAAGGACUUGGUCGAAUAUAAGCUCGUCUGCUUUAUCACUUGAUAAGCUCACACACCUUGUACUCGAUGAGGCUGAUCUUGUGCUUUCAUAUGGCUACGAGGAUGAUUUGCGGAACAUUGCUAAGAAGCUUCCCAAGGGCGUCCAAACGAUCCUUAUGAGCGCGACCCUUACAACAGAAGUCAACACGCUCAAGGGCAUCUUUUCUCGGAAUCCCGCCAUUCUUAAUCUGGAAGAGAAGGACGGUGACGGUGAAGGUAUUGAACAAUAUGUUGUCAAAUGUGCUGAAGACGAAAAGUUCCUUCUCAUCUACGUCAUCUUCAAACUAAAACUUAUCAAGGGAAAGAGCAUAAUAUUCGUUUCCGAUGUGGAUCGCUGCUACCGCUUAAAGCUCUACUUUGAACAAUUCGGCAUCCGCAGCUGUAUUCUCAACUCCGAGCUUCCAGUGAACUCGAGGAUACAUGUCGUCGAAGAGUUCAACAAGAAUGUUUACGAUAUCAUCAUCGCGUCUGACGAAAAUGAGGUAAUUGGCGACGAACAGACGCCCAAAGAUGGAUCGGAAGAGGCGGUCGCGGCGGAAGACGGCACGACCGAGUCAAAGUCCCAAGAACCUCCGAAGAAGAAGAAGCGGAAGACGUCACGGAGAGACAAGGAGUUUGGCGUCUCCAGAGGAAUCGAUUUCAAGAACGUCGCCUGCGUCAUCAACUUUGACCUCCCCACGUCCGCCAAGUCAUACACGCACAGGAUAGGAAGGACAGGACGGGCUGGCCAGCGCGGCAUGGCUCUCUCCUUCGUCAUCCCCCGAGAACAGUACAGGAAGCAUGUCCCCACCUGGGUAGAAUCUACGGAGAACGACGAAAAGAUUCUCGCGAGGAUAGAAAAGCAACAGGCGAAACUGGGCAAAGAAGUCAAACCGUACAACUUUGACAUGGAACAGGUUGAGGCGUUCCGCUACCGAAUGAACGACGCCCUGAGAGCCGUUACGAGGGUAGCUAUCCGCGAGGCGCGAACGAGAGAACUGCGAGAGGAGCUCCUCAAGAGCGAGAAGUUGAAGCGGCACUUUGAAGAGAAUCCGACGGAGCUCCAGCACCUGCGACACGACGGGGAGCUGAGGGCCGCGAGAACCCAAGCGCACCUUAAGCACGUGCCUAAUUACUUGCUACCGGCGGAGGGCAAGAAGGGUCUCACCUCGCAGGACGUGGGCUUCGUAGGCUUUAACAAGCACGAUAGGAAGAGGAGGAAUAAGAAGUUUAAGGUUGGGAAGAAACGGUCGGAUCCUUUGAGGUCAUUCAAGGCGCGGUCGAAAAAAUGA